AAGAUGUCAAAGGGGAGGAUUCAAUAUUUUGUUCUGCAAGGAAAACGUGUAAAAACUGUCUCUUGAAUGUCUUGACCUUAUUUUAACUAUGCAUUUUUCAAUCCCAGAUACUUCAGCAUUAAAGGACGACAGUGGGACAUCCUACACGAGUUUUAACGUACAUAUAAAUGGUGUAUUCCAUUGCUCUGUCAGAUACAGCCUACUGAAUGCCUUCAAUGAAGAGCUUAAGAAAGAAUUUGGAGCAACAGUAUUGCCACCAUUCCCACCAAAGAAACUGUUUGGGAUGACUCCAGAGAAGUUAGAGGAGAGACGACUUAUGCUUGAGAGAUAUGUUCAGAUUGUGAGUCAAGAACCAAGAAUAGCAAACUCAGAUAUAUUCAAUGGAUUUCUCCUCAAGGCACAGCAGGAAACACAAAAAGAGACAUCAGAGGCUGUUACAUUAGAUGUGUUCCUAAUGAAUGGUUACAAAAUUACUGUAAAAAUUAUGUCUACAGAUCAAACAGAAGAUGUUUUGGAGACUGUAGCAUCACAACUAGAACUGCCAGAAGAAUUUACAUAUUAUUUCACAUUAUACUUGGUACGGAAAGAAGAGGAUGGGGAUAAUUCUAUUGUUCGGAAGUUACAAGAAUUUGAAUCACCUUAUAUCUCAUUGAAAUAUGCAAACAAGAUAGGAUCCCAUAGAAUAGUCCUACGCAAAGGGUUUUGGGAUUUGAGUUAUGAAGAUGAUUUGUUAGAAAAUAAAGUUGCAAUGAAUCUGUUAUACGUCCAGGCUGUAAAUGAUAUAGAAAGGUCAUGGACAUUGGGAACAAAAGAACAACUUAAACAUUUAGCAACUUUACAGCAAAGAGGUUCAAAAAGGGAGUACCUUCGGUUAGUGAGGACCUUCAAGUACUAUGGUUACAUACAGUUUAAGCCUUGUAUUACAGACUACCCACAGGCUGAUUCUCGGGUGUUGAUUUGUACAGGGGGAAGGGAAUUAAACUUCAGAAUACAGAUGGCAGCAAAUUCUGUAAAAGAAGGUAGUUUUAAAAUCACCAGAAUAAAGUGUUGGAGAAUAACCAGUUCAGUGCCCAAGUUUGCUGAGAGAAAUGGUGAGAGUACAAAACCUCCACAGAUGGAACUGGCUUUUGAAUAUUUGAUGUCAAGAGAUUGUUUACAGUGGAUUAGUAUCAAAACAGAUCAGGCAAUAUUAAUGAGUAUGUGUUUACAGUCCAUGGUCGAUGAACUUAUCUCACAAAAACAAGGCAGAAAAAUCAAACGACCACAUGAUAGAUCAAAAGGUACAGCGAAGAAAGUGCAGCUGAAGAGGGAUAAUAGUUAUGGCAUGGGUUUGGCACAGUCAUCCUUACCUAGUCCAGAGGAGGAAGCUAAAGGAAAUGGGAAAAAUGACAAGAAAGGUGUUGUGACGAACGAUGCUUUUAGUACGAUUGGUGACGAUGAUUUAUAAUCAGAUUACAGCAAUAUGCAAAUUGUGUUCUCCAGUUAUAGAUUUAACAGAAACCAAAGAUUAUGAAGGAGAAAGACAAAAUUCAGUCAUAAACUUGCCAUAGAACCUGUUGUUAUAGAAGUCCAUCUGUUAGACUCCAUAGAAAUGCAGUUAAACAUUUUGAUAGUGUUUUUCAUUAGGUGCACAUUCUUCUUUAUACUAAUGACCAACCACUAUAAUUGAUGUAAUCUAUUGACCACCCCUGUAUUAGAGGUUUAAUGAUACAGUAGAAAUAUUUUAAGUAUUAUUUGCAAUAUUUUAGGAAAUGUUUGAUACAUACUGCAGUUCUUUUUGUAAAAAAAAAUAUUUUCCCUACAUUUCCGUAAGUGAAAUUCAAAAAUUCAAAAUGAGACGUAAAGAAAAAAAUGAAGUGAAACUGAUUUUAUUUUCUUUGAACAAAUUGUUUGUGUUUGUUGAAACAGCAUUAAUACAAUAUUAAAAGUGUCUUUCUAGUGUUUAAACAUAUUUGAAUACUGAUUGUAAGCAGACGUCUUUCUACUGUUAAUGAUAAAUUAGGAAAAUUACCACUUUCGGCGUGUUUAUUCCUCUUCCCUUUAUAUUAUUAUACUACCUGUGUUUAUGUUAGUUAUGUCCCCUUGUUACUUAAUGUGCAUUUUGUAUCCACAACUCCUCUUAAACUAGGGACUUGCUUUAAUCAAAUUUUCAAAAAUUCUGCAGUACUUAAUGGCAUUGAGCCCCACCUAUUUUAUUUUUGAGAUUUCCAUAUUUAUGUAAAUAGGUUAUUAGAGGUAUUAAGUUAAAUAAGUUAAAAAAAAUUUCCAGUUUUCAUCAUUUUUCAAUUUCACUGAUACUUUAAUUAAGAAAUAUAGUCAUGUGGUGGAUGAUAUUUAUUUCAAACUUUGAGAAUUUGUAUGCCCCUGCCGUAGCGGAGGGGGCAUUAAGUGUUACCCUUGUCUGUGCAUCCCAAAAUUAGUUUCCGUUCUCUAACUUUAGUUUGCCUCAACCAAAUGUUAUGAAACUUAUACACAAUGCUCAUUACCACAAAACAAGAUCAAGUUCGAAUUUGGGUUGCGUUUCUUUUAUCGUUCUUGAGUUAUGUCCCUUUAUAAUUUUAUAUGCAAGCAGGGGCUUCAUCUGUGUCCCAUGGACACAUUCUCCAUUUCUUUUUUUUUCAACUUACAAACUGACUUUCUCUGAAUUUUUUUGUCUGUAUAAUGCUUCCAUGUACAUUUCUUAUGCCUAAUACUAUGAUGGAUACUAUAGAUAGUUUUCAAUAUGACAUAAUUUCUAAAUCCCAAUUUCUGGAAGUGUCAAUUUAACUUGUAAUUCUAAAGGUUGAUCCACCAAAACUGCCAAUAUUUUGAUAUAUAUACACUGUAUUUGUUCACAAGUAUUCCUCACAAUAAUCAUGCAUAGCACAUUUCAUAUGAAACUUGCGUGACUUGCAGUGCACAUGAAUUUUAUAUAGAAAAUAAAUGUUAAAUCCAUUCUAAAUUUUUUUUUUAAAUAAUGCUAAUUAUUAUACAUUUGAUUGGUCAAUAUUCAACUUAAAAUGAGGAAAUAAUUAUUAUUUUUUUUAAAUUUCAUAUUGUGUUAUAUAUCAAACUAUUGUUAAAGUAAAUUUCACAUGAAAUUGAUGCAAUAUUCUAUUGGCCAAUCUUACUGUUGUGUAAACAAAUGCAAUAUUUAUGUAUAUAGAUUUAUUGUAAAUAUCAUACAGAGGCUCUAUUCACAAAAAAUCUUAUGAGUAAAGAUAGUCAUAAGUCAUGAACAUUUCAGUAUAUUUUAUGAUCAAAUUUAAUCGUAAGAUUUUUUAUAAAAAGAGUUGCAGGACUUUUGUUAUUGUAAUUUGUUUUCAUUAUUGUUUUACGUAUCUCCCACCUUUUGAAUGUACAUGUAUGUAGAAAUGUUAAAGUACAUUUCGACCAGUAAUAAUGUUUUUUUUAAAUAAUGUGGAUUCAUUUAUUUUCCUGGAUUCAAAUAUUCCUGGAUUGGAAAAAAAUUAUGGUUUCUGAAUCUAUAAUUUUUUUUCAAUCCACGAAUAUUGAAUCUUGAAUCCAAGAAAAUAAAUGAAAAAACAGUUUACAUUAUGCAACAUUUGAAAAGAUAUGAAAAUUUUUUAAUCAAGCAUCAAAUUUUGAUAUCUAGAAGUAAAUAUAAAAUAAUCUAUAUUAAAAUUGCAUAAUAAUAUGGAUUAGGCAAAUGAUAAGAGUUUAGAAAAGAUAAAAGGGCUCCAUCUACAAUUUUGGAUAACAAAGAUGGCGGACAAUAAACAAACAUUGGAAAAUCAAGUUUUUUUUCUUGUUUCUUGCUUAUAGUACAUCCUGUCAAGCAAUUUUAAUUUUGGAGUAGAAUACCACGGACAAAUCAGUUCCGAAUUCAGGGAUUACAUGUUUUGUAUUUCGUCAACUAUCGGGUUGUGUACAUUUGGAUCCAGAAUUUUUCAAAAAUCAUUUGGCGACAUUGGGGAAUUUUACUGAAAAUAGACGGCAACAUAAACUUCUCCCUGGAGCUUCUCUAGAGCGUAGUGGAUAGUCCUAGGGUGACAUAGUCGCUCACUUCCCCUAGUGUGGUGACCCCUGGUUUUGUAAAAUAUUUAAUUUCAUGGUUUUGCCAAAGUCUGCAUAUAAGCUUAUAGAAAAUGUUUACUUCGUUGGACAUUAUAUUUGGUAUCCAUACUAACAAAAUUUGUCAAAAUUGGUAUUUUAUUUAUAACGAAUAAUAAUAAAUUCACAGUAAGUUUGCCUUUAUGACUUUGGACAUGAGGAACUGUGUUACUGGCCUUGAAUGUAUUUGAAGAUCCAGGUGGUUUAAUAGUAAAAUAUUGAAAUUAUGAAUUGUAGUAAAUGUUUUAUUGUUUCUUUACUUUAUAAAAAUUUUUAUAAUUAUGUUGUUAUCAUUAAAUUCCAUUUUGUUAUUUUUAAAAUGUUUAAAAAAUGUAGAUAUCAAUAUGUAUAGUAGAUAACAGAAAAAGUUAUUUGAAAGUUACUUUAACUAAAGCCCUACAGAAGGAUGAGGGUCUGGAUGAGGUUCAUAUUAUAGAGAAUAAUGGGCAAAAAGCACUUCAUAAGCUUUAAAAAAAAGAUUAGUGAAAAAUAGGCCAAAGAUUAAAUAUUAUUGGUUAUGUUUAUAGAAUAAUGGGGGCUAAAAUAUAAAGCAUACAGAAUAAUAGACAAAAAAAUAAAGAAUUGAGGUAAAAUCUAGAAUACAGAAAUGAAGACCCCCCUUCCAGACCCAAGAGGAUUUGCCUCUAAUUAUUAUUUUAUUUAAUGCACGGGAAAUUUAUGUGUGUGUUUUUCCAGUAUACACAACUGAUAAUGUUAUUUUUGAAACAUUACCAUUAUACUGAUAUUUAUUAUAUACUUAGUAGUAAAUACAGAUAGAUUGUAUGUGUAAUAUAAUCAUUGGCAAGCGUGCUGUAUCAGCCACCCGUGAUGAUAUCGAUAUCAGCACGGUUGCAAAGGCUUUAUCACACCUUUAAUCUGUAUGACGUCACAUCAUCGAUUGCAGUCACUGUUGCAAACCCUAAUCUGUAUGACGUCAUGUCAAACCUAUUAUCUGUAUGACGUCAUUUCAAACCUCCUUAUCUGUAUGAUGUCAUGUCACAUAAAAAGCAUUUACGGGAGGUAUAUGUAUAUAAUAAAGUGUAUAUGAUAUGGCUUUUUCAAUAUCACACACCGUAUCAACCCUCAAGCAGAUUUUUUGCUUGCAAAAAGUGAAUAUAAAGAAAUUAAGAAAAGUAAUUUUGCAAAAAUUAGAAAAUAAUCCUGAAAAUAAAUAUAUAUGACAAAACGGUAUGGGUUUUCUCAUUGUUGAAGGCUGUACGGUUGCCUAUAAUUGCUUACAUCCACUUCAUUUGAACUUUGGUGGAUAGUUGUCUCUUUGGCAUUUUAUAUUAGUAAAGACAGUUCAGCAACAAAUAUUUUAAAUUUUAUAUUCAAACUAAACUAUACUUCAAAACAUAACAAUGAAUUAUUGUAACAAAGUAAAUAAACCAUGAGGUGCAAUUUUAGUUGAAUAUAAUAAAUGUUAGAAAUUUUUUUUUUUAGAAAUAGAAAUAUCAAGAUAACUUUUGGCUAGAAUGAUAGCAAAUCAUGGAGUUGUCUCCCCUUAAUUGUUAAUUUGUAAUCCAUUUCAACCAAAUCAUAUCUUGAAAUACCAGAACCCUAUUGCAAACAAAUGUUUCAUUUGGUGCACCAUUAUACAUCCUACUCUUAAAUUGAUGUAAAGUUGAGUGGGUUUUUGUUUGUCAUGUUGUCACCACUGCCUGAUUCUUAGGCAGAUUGUCAAUUAAUAUCAACACAAUGUGAAGACUUGGAACUUUAACAUAUAUAUAGCACAAAAGUUUCAAAGAUUUAGUAUUAUUACUUAGUCGUAAAAAGGGCCAGUUACAUACAUACAUACAUACAUAUUUGUUAUAACUCAUUGUUAUUCAUUUAAAUAUAUCCAUUUAUUGUCUGUAUGCCUGGUGCGAUAAAAUUGUUUUAUAGUGAUGGCCAAAAAUGCUAGUUUAUCAUUAUCACUGUAGAUUUCAUGCAAAAGCACAAGUUGUUUUGUUUUUUUUAUUUUUUUUUAUUUUCUGUUCAUUUUUUUUCAAAACUUCAACACCGAAUGCAAGUAUCACUUUUCACUAAUAGUCAUAUAUAAAGUUGAAAUCAUUCUUUAAGAUUUGAUUUUAAAGUUGGAAAAAACAUAUUUAAAACCAAAAUUGCUCUGUUUUUUUCUUUCUUUCUCUUUUUUCAGAAAAUCUUGCGAGAGAAAUGUUUUGUACAUACUUGUUGCUGAAUACUUCAAUUGAAAUUAUUUUUGUCUGAACAAAAUAUAUUUUAAAUUCAUACAUAUGGCUGACCCAAAAAUAUCUGUAAAUGAAUGGUUUUGUGCCAAAAAAAUCUUUAUAUGUACAUUCCGUUUUUUCCACACCUGUGAUUUUUGUUAUUUAUUGAAUGCUUUAUAGGGCUUAAAAAUCAUGGCUUUUUAAUUUUUGCAGCAGAUUUUUUUUCUGUUUGAAGAUGACCAUAAUUAAAAAAGACAGAGGAUUUUCUGUGUAAUUUUAGACCAUUAGGUCAACUAAAGUUGAUAAAAAGAUUCUCAUACUAUGGUAGGUACUAGGGGUCCAACAAACUUUUUUUUUUUGGGGGGGGGGGGGUACUGAUUAUUCUUUAAAUGAAAAAGGGCAAAUGCAUUUUUGAUGAGAUUUCAAUCAAAUGCAAGGGGAAUGUAAACAAAAAAAUCAGUGAAGUUUAGCAAAUACUACUUUGAAGUUUGAACUUUGAGCUUUGAACCUUGAACUUUGACCUUUGAACCUUUUUGCAUGAGAAUCUUUCAAUUUUGUUUACUUGACCUCAUUUUUGUUAUAUUUAACUGUGAUUAUGUUUAUAGUAUGAAUCAAAAUUAUUGUUGUAUUUGUUUUCCUUCUAACAGAUUCUGUGUUACACAUUUUUUUUUAUAUGUAUAUAUUGUUUAUGCUACUAUUAAUGAUAUUAAUUUUGUAAAGAGGAAAUGGGUACGGAUAUAAAUCUGCAUAUAAAAGAAGUAGAUAGAUUUAAGAAAGCUGAAGAUAGUUAACAUUAUCUAGUAGUUUGCUAGAAUAAACAUGUGUUUUAUCUAGGGA